UCCUCGGAGCCAGGGAGGGUGGGAGAAGGGGGCGGGGAGAAGAGACCAGGAUGACUGGAGUCUUUGACAGCCUGGUCUCAGAUAUGCAUUCCAACCAGAUUACCUCCAGCAGUUACCACCACCAGCACCACCAGCAGCAGCAGCAGCCACCGCAGCACAGCUUGCACAAGCCCCAGGAGUCUCCCACGUUGCCCGUGUCCACGGCCACCGACAGCAGCUACUACACCAACCAGCAGCAACACGGAGGCGGAGGAAGCGCCGGCAGCAACGGAACCAACGGGUCCCCUUACUCGCAGAUGGGUUCUUACCAGUAUCACCCCAGCGCCGGGCUCAGCACCGUGCCCUACUCCGCCAAGGCCGGCAGCUACGACCUGGGCUACUCCGCCUCUUACAGUCCCUAUGCAACUUACGGGACAAGGACGUCCCCGAUCACCAACGAUCCCGAGAAAGAAGAAGGCGAGCCCGAGAUCCGGAUCGUCAACGGGAAGCCAAAGAAAGUGCGGAAGCCCAGGACGAUCUACUCCAGCUUCCAGCUGGCGGCCUUGCAGCGGCGCUUCCAAAAGACCCAGUAUCUGGCGCUGCCGGAGAGAGCGGAGCUGGCCGCGUCGCUAGGCCUCACCCAAACUCAGGUCAAGAUCUGGUUCCAGAACCGACGGUCCAAGUUCAAGAAGAUGUGGAAAAGCGGCGAGAUUCCUGCGGAGCAGCACCCGGGCGCCAGCUCGCCUCAGCCUUGCGCCUCGCCUCCGGCCUCGGCCACUCUCGCCUGGGACUUUGCCUCCCACCCGCAGCGCAUGGGCAACGCCGGAACCCCCGGCGGCGGCAGCGGCAGCGCGGGUUCAAGUCCCGGCGCUCCCAGCGGAACGACGGCGGCUUUCCUGGGUAACUACUCCUGGUACCAUCAGGCGUCCAGCGCCGCCGCCUCUCACCUGCAAGGGGCUUCCCCGAUCAUGCAGCAAGGGCAGUCUCACCAGCACCACCCUCAGCACCUGCACCACCAUCACCACCACCAUGGCGCAGCUGUCAGCGCAGGGACGAUUUAUUAACUCCAUAACGCCUGCCUGCCCGCCCGCACGCCCGCACGACGCUCCCCAGCGGAGAGCUAAGGUGGAGAGGGUGAGCCCCGGGCGACCGAUCCCCACCCCUGCCCCUAAAUUCAUCCGGUAUUUGGGUCCCCUGCGGACCGGGGUAUAAACGAAUACACUUCUGGUGCUUUGUCGAAAGAUCAAACCCUUCCCCCCCCAGCCAGCCAGCCACGCAGCCCCAACUCCAGCAGCUCCUGAUCUUCUGAGCCUUUGUGUAACUAGAGGAGAAAUGAGCCUCCCCUGAAGUUUUCGGCCUAAUCAGGGUCCGGUUACACUCCCCCGUCCCCACAACAACAUACACAGUUUCUAGUCAGUACAUCCCAAUCCAGUCCGGUCUCUGGCAACGUUCCCGAUGAUAAAACCACAGAAAUGGGAUAAACCUGUGGUCAAAAACUUACUCAAAACCUUGCAGCAGAGUGGCAGUUAUACCCAUCUCCUCCACGGAGGGGGGGGGGUUGCUAUCCCUUUGCUAUCCAGGUUAGGUUGCAAUCCUACCCCCACUUACAUGAGAAUGAGCCUCGAUUAACUCAAGGGAACAAACUACUCCUGAAGAGACGCAAAAAGACUGAAGAGUUGGUUUCCCCUUGCCUUCAGAAAAUGCUACCCAUUUUUUAAAAAAGAAACCCGCUCUUCUCCCAUUUCUCAUCAAAUCACCAGUGCAGAAUUACUUAUUUAAUUUUGUUUAUUUUUGUAAACGUUUUUAUAGGUGCCUUUGCAAAUGACCUCAUUUUGAUGUUGGGGGGAGGGGAAAAGAUGAAUAAUUUUUAUAUGUAGAUAUUUAAAAUGAAAAGGAACCCAGCUGUGUUUAAAUUAUCUUUUUUUAACUGUUUGCAGGACAUUCUUCUUUACAAUGAAAAAUAUGUUUGUAAUAAAGCUGUUUGUGUUCAUCUCCCUCCCCUUUCUGUGUAUAGAAAAGAAGGGAGGAAAGUCCCAUUGGACAGCUUUGUAUUUGUUUAUGUUUUGUGAACUAAGGUUUGUUAAUGCCAUCAUUUUUUUUCUCUUUCUCUGGGCAGCUUCCAAUCAAACUUUAUUAUUCUGUUCCAUACCUCUCUCCUUUUUGUUGUCAAAAAGCAUAAGCUACUGAAUUUCCCCACUUUCCUCAUUCAAACCCUUAAAACAUUAAAAAAAGGUAUUUUC